AUGAACUCAAUUGGUAUCAAGACUUCCCAAAUUAUGUCACACGUAGCCCUACAGUUUGGAGGUUACGAGGGAAUACCAUGUCAGGUGAGAGAUGUGUACAACCGAGUGGUGGGUGCAAUGAAAGAAGAAAAAAUGGAAACAGAUUCAGAAGGUGCAUUAGGAUUCCUAGAUUGUUUGUCUGCUCAAGUUCCUAAUUUUAUUGUAUGCCACCAGGCAGACGAAGAAAAUAGACUUGCAAAUGUAUUCUGGGUGGACGAAACUUCAAGAAAUUACUACAUGGAUUUUGGUGAUGUAAUUGCAUUCGACAUGACAUACAUGAAUAAUACAAACAACAAGCCAUUAUGCAUUCUAAUGGGUGUGAACCACCACUUCUCCACUUGCAUUUUUGGGUUUGCUUUGUUAGUGGAUGAGACAGUGACAACUUACUCGUGGAUGCUAAGAGUAUUACUAAGGUGUCAUAACAACAAAAAACCAUUAGUUGUUCUCAUAGAUAGAGAUAAUGCAAUACAGGAGGCAAUAAGGGAGAAUAUACUAGAAUCCACAUACCGAUUAUGUGCUUGGAAUCUCGCAACAAAUGCAUCUAGAGCUGGAAUGAUCUAG